CCGCCUCUCUCCCACUUCAACCCUUCUCCCCCGUGGUGGUAGUGACCACUUUAACCCUUCCUAUCUCACCCACCGUCGUUCAUUGUGCCCCGAACGCGAACCAGACAAUGAAGUUCUGGGCCCUCGUGGCGCUUGCCGCCUCCGUUGCCGCCAUCCCCUUCGACGGCGGUACGAUACACAAACGCGCCGGUGGGAGAAUUCACAUCGGAUAUCGCAUCGUCUCAAAGGAAGAAGCCGACGCCAUCAACGCAAAUGGUGGCAAAGCCGUGCAAUCUCGCGGCACCAUGGGCCGUCAGCUUGGGACAGGGACCUAUAUCUCGCCCGCUUUCCACGACUUCCCUGACUUCGACCCAUCCAAGGGCUAUCCCUGGGACUGCGCCGUGACUGUUGACGCCACCGCGUGGGCAGGCCUCAGGAAAGCCUGGAUCCCCAAGAUGUUCGAGUUCCCUGAGGACAAGGAGAAGAACCCGGAUAAGUGCAAGCCACUGGCACUGUGGACACCGCGAUGGGUUGCAAACCGCAAGCGCUUCCUCAAGUAUCUUGAUCCCACCUCGACACCCGAGAAUACGGUGCUCUUCUCGGUGGUGCUUGGGCACGAGGAAAAGCGGCAGGCCCUGAUCCCACCGGCGAUCAUUGACAGCGUUGACGUGUAUCUCGCCCAGUGUGCCGAGCGGGCGCCGGACUCGGAGUCGAACGCUCAGAUUGGUCAGUUGGGGACGGUGGAUUGGGGAGUGGAGGAUAUGAAGGGCUGGGGUUUGGGAGUGGAGGGGUAGUAGCAAGUCGAGCUGAGAAGGAGCGGUUUCGGGGUGCUGGACGGGAUUUCUUCUACUCGGUGAUCAGGUAUAUUGUUGAUUGACGUGUUGCAGCAUUCAGUGAUCUGGAGUCCGCAUCCCGGCCGAAAACCUAGGCACUAAUCACCUUCUAUGCUGUCAAUGGGAGCAACUUCAUCCCAGCCCUGAAUGUGCAAUGGCCGGAUGCAGGCGCAUCUAACCUACCUACCUGGUUCUCAAGUUAGAAAUCUACCUCGCCCCAAUCUGCCGCGUCAUCUUCUACAUCUCUCCGGGGUAUUUCUGUCUUUGGUCUUUGGGAUGCUGCUCAAAAGCCCCAGGUUUACAAUUCGAUGGUGACUUUGAUACCGAGAUAAAACUGCAUUCAAGUUCACCGCC